AUGUGGUCUUUCGCCAACACACUCCGCUAUGUCGCUGUCUUGAGGAUAUCAUCAUUAGUAGCUGGGCUUCCGGCCCCUCAGAUGAGCCAGUUCGGAGAGAAUACAGGGCCAGUGGGCGGUGUGAAUCCUCCUACGCCGACAGUAACAGCGGCAUCUGGGUCUUUGUAUGGACCUAGUGAUUUACUAGGAGAAGUCUAUCCUCCAGCACCAGUAUCAGGUGGUGAUUCUGCAAUAGUGUCUGAUGUUACACUGGUCAACGGACAAGAAGCAGAUAGUGAUCUUGGACUUUACCUUGAUUUCAAUGGGGUAGAGGUUCCUCAGCCGAUUAGAGGUGACGCGGGACAGACUGAUCCGGGUCCAAGGACAUAUGAAUAUGAACAACUAAAUCCAGAUCACUAUGCCCCUCCAGGAACGGACGAUGGAGAUGUACCCCAAGCCAAAUGGCCUUUAGGACUAAGUCACAAUCGAUUCGGUACCGGCCGUCAAUCAGGCUGGGCGAGACAGCAAAAUGAGAAUCAGCUUCCCGCUGCAACAGCAAUGGCAGGUGUGGAUAUGCGUCUCGCCCCUCAUGCUUACAGAGAGCUCCACUGGCACACGGCAAAUGAAUGGUCCCUCGUUCUUAAAGGGAGCGUUCGCCUAUCAUCCAUGAACGAAGAAGGUCAAACUUUUAUCGACGACCUCGUCGCAGGCGACGUAUGGUUCUUCCCUGCCGGCAUCCCACACUCCAUUCAGGCCCUCGACCAAGGCGUAGAAUUUCUUCUUGUCUUCGACGAUGGGUCAUUUAGUGAAGACGGAACCUUUCUCGUGAGCGAAAUGUUUCUUCGAAACCCCAAAGAAGUACUUUCCAAGAACUUGCAAACCCCAGUCUCAUCCUUCGACAACCUACCUGACGAUGAACUUUACAUCUUCAACGGCACGCCCGCUCCAGCAAACAUCUCGGAGCAAAAUGUCACCUCGCCAUACGGAGCUCUCGCACCCAACGAUACGUACUCAUACCACUGGUCGCAACAACAACCAUAUGCCGUUCCCGGCGGCACCGUGAAAAUCCUAGACACAACCACCUUCCCCAUCUCCACCGACCUCUGCGCAGCACUCGUCACCAUCCAGCCCGGCGCCAUGCGCGAGAUGCACUGGCAUCUCACGUCCGACGAGUGGAACUACUUCCUCCGGGGCUCCGCCCGCAUCACCGUCUACACGGCGCCGUCCAUGUCGCGCACCUUCGACUACACGGCCGGCGACGUGGGAUACAUCCCCGCGAGCAACAGCCAUUAUAUCGAGAACACCGGGACUGUGGACGUGGUGUUCCUCGAGGUGUUGAAUCAGCCGCGCUUUACGGAUUUGAGCGUUGCGCAGUGGUUGGCGCUGACGCCGCGCCAGGUGGUAAAGGAUACGUUGGGUUUAGAGAGGGAGGUGCUGGAUCGACUGCCGAAGGAAAAGACGUAUUUGAAGGUUGGGGCGAGGAAUUUGACGGCGUUGGCGGGGGCGCCGAAUGGGACUGCUGCGUAUGAGUAG